AUUUUUUUUUUCAGAACCAUCCAUUUAUUCUCAACAGCAAGCGAGAUCGAAGGCACGACCUUGUUGUACUUGUUCAAGAUGUCCUCGGCGCAUAAUUCCUGUGAAUGCUUCGACUAUUUUUACGGAUUCGUAAAGAGGAAAAUCAUUUUGUGGACUUAA